AUGCUCCGAACACGACAGGCCAGCCGCGCCGUCAAGGCCCUGGCUCAGACCUCGCGGUGCCAGCAGCGCUUCUUGACCUCGUCGCCCGCAGCCCCCGCCGUCAAGGCAGCAAAGAAGGCACCCGCUGGUGUCAGGAAUCAGACCUCGGCCGCAGCCCCUGCGCCCGCGAGAGCUACGCCAGCUGCGCAUUUCAACACCGACGACAAGGACCAGAGCCAUGUGCAACCCCUUGUCAACCCCCGCGUCCCUGAGAUGGACGAGUCGUUCAUCGGCAAGACGGGUGGUGAGAUCUUCCACGAGAUGAUGCUGAGGAGAGGCGUCAAGCACGUCUUUGGAUACCCCGGUGGUGCUAUUCUUCCCGUUUUCGACGCCAUCUACAACUCGAAACACUUCGACUUCAUCCUCCCGAAGCACGAGCAGGGCGCUGGACACAUGGCCGAGGGCUAUGCGAGAGCCACUGGCAAGCCUGGUGUCGUUCUCGUCACCUCCGGCCCCGGAGCCACCAACGUCAUCACCCCCAUGCAGGACGCCCUCUCCGACGGAACCCCCAUGGUUGUCUUCACCGGCCAGGUCGUCACCAGCGCCAUCGGCAGCGACGCUUUCCAAGAAGCAGAUGUCAUCGGUAUCUCGAGAGCUUGCACCAAGUGGAACGUCAUGGUCAAGAACGUCGCCGAGCUGCCGCGCAGGAUCAACGAGGCCUUCGACAUCGCCACCAGUGGCCGCCCCGGACCCGUCCUCGUCGAUCUUCCCAAGGAUGUCACUGCCGCCGUCCUGAGGAAGGCUAUUCCUACUGAGUCAGCCCUCCCGGCUCUGCCCAGUGCCGCCUCGCGUGCCGCCAUGCAGUUGACACAAAAGCAGCUGUCGGGCUCUAUCCGCCGCGUGGCGGAGCUGAUCAACAAGGCCAAGCAGCCGGUCAUCUAUGCCGGUCAGGGUAUCAUUCAGACCGAGAACGGACCCGCUCUCCUGAAGGAGCUGGCUGAGAAGUGCUCGAUUCCCGUUACUACCACCCUCCACGGUCUGGGUGCCUUCGAUGAGCUGGACGAGAAGGCCCUGCACAUGCUGGGCAUGCACGGUUCCGCAUACGCCAACAUGGCCAUCCAGAACGCCGAUCUGAUCAUUGCCCUGGGCGGCCGUUUCGAUGACCGUGUCACCCUCAGCAUCAGCAAGUUUGCGCCCGCCGCCAAGGCUGCCGCUGCUGAAGGCCGCGGCGGUAUUGUCCACUUUGAGAUCAUGCCCAAGAACAUCAACAAGGUCGUUCAGGCUACCGAGGCUGUUGAGGGUGAUGUUGGUGAGAACCUGGUCCAGCUCCUGCCGCACAUUGAGAAGAAGAGCAUGUCGGAUCGUGCCGAGUGGUUCAGCAAGAUCAACGAGUGGAAGGAGAAGUGGCCCCUGGGCGCAUACGAGCGUGCCGAGCGCUCUGGCCUCAUCAAGCCCCAAACUUUGAUCGAGGAGCUCAGCAACUUGACCGCCCACCGCAAACACGAGACCAUCAUCUCAACCGGCGUCGGCCAGCACCAGAUGUGGACCGCGCAGCACUUCAGAUGGCGACACCCCCGAACCAUGGUGACCUCUGGUGGUCUUGGCACCAUGGGUUACGGUCUCCCCGCCGCCAUCGGUGCCAAGGUUGGCCGCCCUGACGCCCUUGUCAUCGACAUCGACGGUGACGCCUCAUUCAACAUGACUUUGACCGAGCUGAGCACGGCUGCGCAGUUCAACAUUGGUGUCAAGGUCAUUGUCCUGAACAACGAAGAGCAAGGCAUGGUCACGCAAUGGCAGAACCUCUUCUACGAGGACAGAUAUGCACACACUCACCAGCAGAACCCCGACUUCAUGAAGCUGGCAGACGCCAUGGGUGUCCAGCACCGCCGUCUGAUCAAGCCCGAGGACACCGUCGAAGCUCUGCAGUGGCUCAUCGACACUGACGGCCCGGCCCUCCUCGAGGUCAUCACCGACAAGAAGGUUCCCGUUCUGCCCAUGGUUCCCGCAGGCUGUGGUCUGCAUGAGUUCUUGGUCUUCGACUCGGAGAAGGACAAGAAGCGGAGAGAGAUGAUGAGGGAGAGGACGUCUGGUCUGCACGGUUAA